AUGAGCCAGACGGAGCAGUGCUUAUAUUCCUCGUCUAUCGACGCUGAGCCUCUUCAUCGCUAUGAAAAAGGGGGAUACCAUCCAACAGCACUGGAGAUUACUAAAUUCCGUUCUAGGAAGGGAGAAUAUGUUGCCGUCAAGAUCUGUGUAUCAGACAAUGAAAACUACGAUGGAAACCGGGAGCUUCGAGUCUUGAAGCAGAUGGCAGCUACAAGCCCCCGGUGUGAACACAUCGUUCGCCUGUUGGAUGAUUUCGAUCUGGAGGGCGCAAACGGCAGGCACAAGUGUCUUGUUAUUGAGCUUAUAGGCCCGAGUAUCCCUGAGAUGAUUACUGCGCGCUUUCAUGACGGUAGGCUCCCUGGAAAGGUUGCGAAAGCCAUCGCGAAACAGGCUCUUUCCGGGCUUGACGCCUUGCAUCAACAAAAAAUAGCACACGGAGCUUUAGAGUAUGGCGUGCCAGAAUAUAUCGUCAGGCCUGCAUCGUUCCAAACGCAUCCCCCUUCACGUCUUUUAUCCGCCUUGCCUGAGAUCAGGCUCGUUGAUUUCGGAGAAUCAUUCUCGCAGACACAUGUCCCCCCGAUCCUCCAUACCCCGUUAGCACUACGAGCACCCGAAGUCAUUUUCAAGGAUAAGCUGGACCAUCGAGUAGAUUUGUGGAGUAUGGGCUGUAUGCUCUUUGAACUGUUUGUGGGCCAACCGCCAUUCGACAGCUUUUUGAUAACACCCAGGAUGCUAGUCGAUCAAAUGCAGGAGAUGACCAGUCAUGCGUUGCCUGGCAGAUGGAAAGAUCUAUUGACUACAUUAGAAGGCCAAUCGAGCACGGAAACGCCGGGACCUGGCCUGCAACAAUGGUUAGAUGAGAUGUAUUUUGAUGGCGAGCGCAAGGCCGAUCUGACAAGAGAAUAUAUUAGAAGAUUGGGAGAGAUUAUUGAAAUGUUGCUGCGAUUCGAACCAUCGAGCAGGGCUUCGGCGGGAGAAGUCUUGCAUGACGCAUGGUUUGAUGCUAGUCUUAGCACUCAACUGUCAGCAAAAGAAUCUGAUUAAAUAUGAUUAUU